UAUAAAUGGACAUUCCACACUGACAGUUAUUUAAUCUAAUCAUGGCUGAACACUUUUUGUUAUGGUGUUUCUUUUAUUUAAACUUCAACAAAUGAUAUUUUUCAACAUUCUUUAUGUGGCUUUUUAGGUGUAUUACUAUGCAGCCAUGUUAGCAGAUGUGCUACUGCGGAUCUCCUGGGCUAUUAAUAUCCUCUUGGCUCAGAUGAAGGAUUCAGAUGCUGUUGUUACUGCUAGUGCCAUACUGGCUCCACUGGAGGUCCUCAGGCGUUCAAUCUGGAAUUUCUUUCGGCUGGAAAAUGAGCACCUGAAAAAUUGCAGGCGGUGUCGGGCCAUUCGUGAUUUUGAUUUGCCUGCUAGUCCAAUAAACCUGCCACAGCAGAUCCUGAUUGACAAGCUGAAGGAUCCAAAUGAGCCGAUUAUCAUCCAACAGGAAACCAGUACUUCACACCGUAAACCUACUUGUUCACCGCUUAGAUAUCUGAGAUCAAAAGUUAAAGAAACAAACUUACCAGUAGGAAGCCCAGCGAUGGAGUCAACAUAAUGUCUAUAAGGAUGAGAAAGGAGGCCUUAAAAUGGGCACAGACAUAAAUGAUGAUUAGGUGCUUAGUCAGCAAGGUAAAAUGUCAUGAUUACAGUCCACAUGUGUAGUAGAUGAAAAAGCAAGUACUAAUAUUUCCCUCAAAAUAAUACUUUCCUUUAUUUCACUUCAAAAUCCACCAGUAAUUCAAUUUUCCAGACCAGCUGAUAUGCAAAAAUCAGGCAAGCAUGUACAAUAUAGCAGCUUGAGCCCAAGCGAAUAAAGAGGAAAAAAGAGCAUGGGAGGAGAAAGUGAGAGUCCAGCAUUUCUCUCUCCAGAGAACUGAUGUUCUCUGUUCUGCUUCCUACUCUGUGUUCAAGUCAGCAGUCCCACAGUCAGCUGUUUUUAAUAAAGUAUCUCUAUGCUCUCCUCCUGUUA